GUGAUUUCACGACUUCUUGGACAGUUCGGUCACAAGAUGACAUCGCUCAUUGGUACUCACUCCGGAAAAUUCCAUUGCGAUGAGGCUUUUGCUUGUUUCAUGCUGAAACAAUUGCCACAAUUCAAGGAUCAUUCGAUUUUAAGAACCCGUGACGCUGCUCAACUGGAGAAGUGUGAUAUUAUCGUCGAUGUCGGUGGAAUCUUUGAUCAUUCAAAACAACGAUACGAUCAUCAUCAACGUGGAUUCACUGAUACCAUGCGUACUCUAGAGAAGCUUAACUUUGAUACAAAACUAAGCUCUGCAGGAUUAGUUUACGCUCACUACGGGAGAGAAGUCAUCAAUCAGAUCCUUGGUGGAAAUGUGUCAUCCUCGAUGAUUGAUCUAUUCUAUCAUCGUCUCUACGAGCAAUUCGUUGAAUCAAUCGACGCCAUUGAUAACGGGAUUUCUCAAUACGACGGAGUUCCAAGAUAUCAUUCAUCAGGAAAUCUUUCAUCGCGUACUGGUCAAUUCAAUUCCCAUUGGAAUGAACCUGAGAAUGAUGCUGAUGAACGAUUCCAACAAGCAAUGCAAUUCAUCGGUGAAGAGUUUUCACGAUCAGUGAAGUACUUGGCAAAUGUUUGGUGGCCAGCUAGAGAGAUCAUCGAAGCUGCUGUGGAUAAACGAUUUGAAAUUGAUGCAUCUGGAAGGAUCAUUCUUAUCGAGAACGGUGGAUGCCCGUGGAAAGAACACUUUUUCGACAUUGAAGUAGAGAAGAAUAUUGCCGACGAUAAUAUCACUUACAUUCUGUUCUCGGAUUCUACCAAUGCUUCGUGGCGCGUUCAAGCAAUCCCAGUCGACAAAAUGUCAUCAUUCGAGAAUCGCAUGCCACUUCCAGCUGCUUGGCGUGGUCUCCGUGAUGACGAUCUUUCGAAGGAAAGUGGAAUCCCAGGCGGAGUCUUUGUCCACAUUUCCGGAUUCAUUGGAGGAAAUCUGACUCGUGAAGGAGCAAUUGCCAUGGCACGGAAAGCUCUCGAAAUAGGAGAAGAGAAUCCAGUGAAAAAAGCUAAAUUGGGUAAUUAGAUCUAAUCUAUCUAAAAUUAAUUACUGUUUUCAUUUGUUUUGUUUGAAUUUGUCCAGCUGAUAUUUCAGUGAUCCUUUGAUAUUUUAUUACGUUCAAUAAACUUCC